CGCUGCCGCCGUUGUUCCAUUGAGAGAACCUCAACAUGGCAUCCGACGGACCACCGGGCACCGAGUCUCUCCCGUCUGAUCUUGGGAGUGCUAUUGCGGCUUUGAACACAUGGAGCAACCCGGAGCUUCAGGGCAAGCUGGCGGAGCUCGGAGCCCCCACGCUGGGUCCCAGAGAGGAGCUGAUUGACAGAUUGAAGGGCUACAUGAUGCAGACUGGGAUUCUCCUCAGCAAACCUAAUGAUGACAAAUCAAUGGGCUCCCAGAUGCAAGGUAUCCCUCCUAUUCCCCCGAUGCCCAUGCCGCCCAUGCCUCCUGGUAUGGGUAUGCUCCAGGCUAUGAGCAUGAUGCCUGGAGGGCCCCCUCCACCUGGAAUACACAUGGGCAUGGAACACCCAGGUUUGCCCCCUCCUGGCCUGUCACAGGAAGAUCAGCUGAAGAUGGCUCAGCAGAGAGCAGCCAUGGUGUUGCAGCAGGAGGAGAGGGCCAAGCAGCAGGGUGAUGCCCGUGUCAUGGAUGAACAGGAUCUUCUGGAGCAACAGAAAAGGGCUGCGGUGCUGCUGGAACAGGAGCGUCAGCAGGAAAUUGCCAAGAUGCAGCCCAGAGCCAUGCCCCCUGUCAGCGCAGUGAGAGUUUCAGCUUUGGAUCCUCGUGGGCCGCUGCCUCCUGGUGUCACGAUGUUGCCGACCCAGAAACAGAGAGUUCCACCUCCUCCAGGAGAGGAUAACAGAGAGGCCUGGCAGAGCGAGGAGGUGAGUGUCAGCGGACCCAAGAUCCCUCAGGCUCUGGAGAAGAUCCUCCAGCUAAAGGAAAUCAGACAGGAGCAGCUCACUGAUCCUGCAGAAGAGGAAGAAGAUGAUGAUGAGGCAGAGAUGGACUUGAACAAUUCCUCUGCACCAGUCAUGUCUGAGACGGAAGAUGAUGACAGUCAGAUAUCUAAAAAAGAUAAAAACCGCAGACGCAGAAAUCGCAAGAAGAAGAGCAAGAAGAAGCGAGCCCAAGAAAAGAAGGAGCAGGCAGAGCAGCAGCAGAAGAAGGAGGGCAGCGACAAGGAGAAGGAGAAAGACAAAGACAAAGACAAAGACAAGGACAAGGACAAAGACAAAGAAAAAGAAAAAGAGAAGGAAAAAGAUCCAGAGGUGGAGAUCGAGUACGUCACAGAAGAGCCGGAGAUUUACGACCCCAACUUCAUCUUCUUCAAGAGGAUUUUUGAGGCAUUUAAGCUGACUGAUGAUGUGAAGAAAGAGAAGGAGAAGGAGCCUGAGAAGGCAGAAAAGCAGGAGACAGCUGUGCUGCGCAAAAAGGGAUUCGAGGAGGAGAAGAAAGACAGUGACGAGAGUGACGAGGAAAUCCGACCAGAUGCACCUAAACUGUCCAAGAAGAAGCUGAGGAGGAUGAACAGGCUGACUGUGGCUGAACUCAAGCAGCUGGUGGCUCGUCCAGAUGUAGUGGAGAUGCAUGAUGUGACGGCCCAGGAGCCCAAGCUGCUGGUCCACUUAAAGGCCACCAGGAACACGGUGCCAGUGCCCCGCCACUGGUGCUUCAAAAGAAAGUAUCUGCAGGGCAAGAGAGGUAUAGAGAAGCCUCCAUUUGAGCUGCCCGAGUUUAUCAAGAGGACUGGAAUCCAGGAGAUGAGGGAGGCCCUGCAGGAGAAGGAAGAUGCCAAAACUAUGAAAACCAAAAUGAGAGAGAAGGUUCGCCCCAAGAUGGGAAAGAUCGACAUCGACUACCAGAAGCUCCACGACGCCUUCUUCAAAUGGCAAAUUAAACCCAAACUCACUAUUCAUGGAGACCUUUACUACGAGGGUAAAGAGUUUGAAACUCGUCUGAAGGAGAAAAAGCCAGGGGAUCUGUCUGAUGAGCUGCGUAUUGCUCUGGGCAUGCCAGUUGGACCUAACGCCCACAAGGUGCCGCCUCCCUGGUUGAUAGCCAUGCAGAGGUACGGCCCCCCUCCCUCUUACCCCAACCUCAAGAUCCCCGGGCUCAACUCCCCCAUCCCAGAGAAUUGUACUUUUGGUUACCACGCCGGAGGCUGGGGGAAGCCGCCAGUAGAUGAGAUGGGCAAACCUCUUUACGGUGACGUGUUUGGGACCAACGCUGCAGACUUCCAGGCUAAAGCGGAGGAGGAAGAGGUGGACCACACGCCGUGGGGAGAGCUGGAGCCUUCAGACGAGGAGUCAUCAGAGGAAGAGGAGGAGGAGGAAAGCGACGAGGAGAAGCCAGACGAAACAGGAUUCUUCACACCAGCAGACAGUGGGCUGAUCACCCCUGGAGGCUUCUCAUCAGUACCCGCCGGCAUGGAGACCCCAGAGCUGAUUGAGCUGAGGAAGAAGAAGAUCGAGGAGGCCAUGGACGGAAACGAGACGCCACAGCUGUUCACUGUUCUGCCAGAAAGACGAACUGGCCCCGUAGGAGCGGCCAUGAUGGCUUCAACACACAUUUACGACAUGUCAGGGGCCAUGGCGGCUCGUAAGGCGGGCGGAGGGCAGGAGUCGCAGGGUGUGGAGGUGGCUCUGGCCCCCGAGGAGCUGGAGCUGGACCCCAUGGCCAUGACGCAGAAGUACGAGGAGCAUGUCAGGGAGCAGCAGGCCCAGGUGGAGAAGGAGGACUUCAGCGACAUGGUGGCCGAGCACGCCGCCAAACAGAAGCAAAAAAAGAGGAAGGCCCAGCCACAGGACACGCGAGGCGGCGCCAAGAAAUACAAAGAGUUCAAGUUCUAGAGGAGAAGCGUGGAGGCAGAGCGCUGCGAGAAGGCCGGCCACAACAGGAAAUGAAAGGGGAAGACGCAGACUCAGAUUUCAAUUUCAGCGGAUGCAGACUGCAACAUCAAUCAUCUGUUAGACCAGUAACAGUACAUACAUCCUUUGUUCCUUUUUUAAAAAAUCUAAAUCGACGAUGUUGUCCUGACGAAUCAAAUGUGUGUCACGUAAGAAUGCUGAAGAAUGUGUUUCCUCUGUUCAACUCUGCUUUUUAGGUCCUGGUUAUUUUUUCACUGUAACCAUGUUUUUUUUCUGUUUUUUUGUAAAUAAAAGAAGUGAUGACGCGAGUUGACAGCU